CAUAAAUUCAUUUUAUAUUAGAGCGCAAUAAGUGAAACAUGUCUGAUCCAAAUGUUUCAAAGCAAGAUGAGGCAACUCCUUCACAACCAAGUAAACAAACACACUACCCUGUACCAGUUAUUGAGUCAAAUAAUCAAGCAGUAAGUGAUAUAGAUGCGCCAGGGUAUGGAUUGGAUGACGCUACCAUAUCGGAUUAUGAAGAAGCAGGCACGUAUAUCGGUGACAUAUAUAUACCACCGCCAAUCCCGCCGCACUGUUCAAUGGAAAGCACCGGAACAAGGCUCAUUAUAACAAAAAUAAUUAAUAAAAAUUUUAAAUCAUAUUGGCAAAGUGUUAAAUUGGGACCUUUUCAUCAUGGAUUUACUGCUAUUAUUGGUCCGAAUGGUAGCGGUAAAAGCAACGUGAUUGAUUCGCUAUUAUUUGUAUUCGGCUAUCGCGCUAAUAAAAUGCGAUGCAAAAAAGUUUCCACAUUGCUUCAUAAUUCAGGAAAUCAUCCAAACACCUCUUCUUGUUCCGUUGCGGUGCACUUUCGCCAAAUCGUGUAUGUCAAUGACGAAACGUGCAAAGAAAUUCCUGGUACCGAAGUGAUUAUAGAGCGGGUAGCUUUUCGUAAUAAUUCUUCGUAUUAUACCAUAAAUGGACGACGUGUAAAAUUUAAAGCGGUGGCAAAAUUGUUAAAAACGCAUCAUAUCGAUUUGGAUCAUAAUCGGUUUUUAAUUCUACAGGGCGAAGUCGAAUCGAUAGCGAUGAUGAAAGCAAAAGGACAGAACGAAAAUGAGACCGGUAUGUUGGAGUACUUGGAAGACAUUAUAGGCACAAGUCGGUACAAGGAACCGCUUCAAAAAACUAACGAACGCAUUGAACAGUUGACAGACAAGCGCACUGAAGAAAAGAAUCGCUUAAAAAUGUCUGAACGUGAAAUGAAUGAUUUAAAACCGCUAUAUAAUGAAGCCUUGAACUAUUUAAGGCUGGAGAACGAAAAUACAUGUACUGAAAACCUGAAAAUACAAAAGUACAUUAGUGAAAAACGUAAAAAAUUAGAUGAAUACACAAAGGAAGAAGAAGAGGUUUCUAACAAAUUGAUACAACAUGAUAGAAAUUCUAUGGAUUUACAAGCGAAACGUAAAGAAAAAGAAGAACUGGAACGUAAAGAAAUCAUGGAAUUUGAUGCUUUACAAAAGAAAAGAGAAGAUUUAGUAAAGGAUCUAGAAAGAGCAAGCAGUGAUUUUACUAGAGUACAACAUACUAUGGCAGCAGUUAAUAAACGUCGUGAAGAGAAUAAAGUUUCGCUAGAGAAAUGUGAAGCGAAUUUGGAGGCUUUGAAGAAAGUGCCAGAGAAGAACGAAGCUGAAAUCAAAGAAUGUGAAACGAAAGUAGAGAAACUAACUAAACAGAAAGCAGAAGCUGAUGAGGAUUUACAAAAAAAUCACAUUCUUGUCGAAGAGCAAAUGAAACCUCUGCGUGAAAAACGUACUAAACUCGUAACGGAACUUUUUGAUUUUAAACAAAUAUUUGACAGUGCAAAGUCGGAACAAAUACUGCUGGAGAAAGAAUUAAACAUCCUGAAACGUGAUGAAACAGUAGAAGCAAACAAAUAUGCAACUCUUAAAACAUCAUAUGAUGUUUCUCUUAAAAGUUUGGAAACACAAAAAGAGAAGUUUGAAGAGAUUCAGGCAAAACUGCCAGAAAUAGCUCUAUGUAUCAAGGAAAAAAAACAGGAAUUGGUGCAAUUAAAUCAAGAUGCGAAGACCAAACGACAACAAGUCAACGUACUUAAGUCACAAGUGACCAGUUUAAGAAUGGCCCGUUACAACAAUAAAGUUGUUGACUUUUUGAUAAGAGAAAAACUUUCUGGCAAAAUACCUGGUGUACUCGGACGUUUAGGCGAUUUGGCCGGUAUCGACUCAAAAUAUGAUGUUGCGAUUUCAACUGCUUGUGGUCGUUUGGAUAAUAUCUUGGUGGAAGAUGUUCGCACAGCACAGAAAUGUAUUGAAAGCUUGAGACAAGCUGGUGUUGGGCGAGCAUCGUUUAUUGCAUUGGAGAAAAUAAAACAUUUCAGCAAAUAUUCUGGGCCUAUAGAAACUCCAGAAAACACACCACGACUUUAUGAUUUGCUUCGUGUCGAAGAUGAACGUGUUUUGCCCGCAUUUUACUUUGUCCUUCGUGAUACACUCGUUGCAGAUGAUCUCGAAGUAGCGUCACGUAUUGGUUUUGGUGCGCGUCGGUUUCGUGUUGUAACAGUCAGUGGCGAUAUAAUCGAAACAUCCGGUACUAUGUCAGGUGGUGGUCGUUCAAAAAUUCGUGGAAAAAUGAGCUCCAAAGUGCAAACGAAAACCAAACCAGAUUUCAACAGCUCAACCAGCGAAAAAGCUUUAGAUGAAAUGCAAGAGCAAGCCCAGAAUCUUCUGUCUGAAAUCAAUUUUUUGCAAGAAAAACAAGGUCGUAUUGAACGCGAACUGCUUCAACUACGAGCAAAGCGUGUACAAUUUGAAAAUGAUGGCAAAAAACUAUCAAUAUCAAAUAAAAGUUUAGAAGAGCAAUUACCAAGAGAUUUUGAGCGAUUAGAGAUACAAAAGAAACAUAUGGAUGCAACAAAAUCCGACAUGGUUAAAGUCAAUGAUUUAGAAAAACUAAUAAAUGAGAAGAAAAAGAGUGUGGAAAACGCUAAAGUUGACACCGAUAAACUAGAUAAAAAAAUUGCAGCAACGAAAGCUGAUAUAGAGGAAAUUCAUAGCAAUAAAAUAAAAUUCGUACAGGGAAAAAUUAAAAAUUUAUCCAAUCAGAUAGAUAAACUGUCCGAGAACAUAACUAAGUUGAAGGAUGAAGUCAGUUCUUCAGAGCGAAAUAUCCAGAAAACAGAGAAGGAGAUUGAGAAUUUAAAUUCAAUGAUUGUGAAGUCCCAGGAUGACAUAACUGAGCUUGAUGAACAACGCCAGAAGCACGAUGAUGAAACCGUAAAAUUAACUAAACAAUUAGAAGAGACAAAAGAAGCUUUAGUUAAUACUAAAUCUGGUGCCAGUGUUGUACGAAAACAGAUAAAAGAAAUUGAGGUCCUUGAAGAACAGCAAAAGUUGAAGCGUGUCGCAAUUAUAGAAAAACUUACCACAACAACUAAUUGUAUCAACGAAGUAAAAUCACAAAUACCGCAUUGGGAGCAGAAGUUAAAAACGCUAAAACUAAAUGAAAUACCUGGAGAUAAAAAGCCACAGGAACCCUUGAACACAUACACGGAAGAAGAGUUAAACUCAUACACAAUACAAGAUGUACAGUACAAGCAGAGUGUACAAGAGGAAAUAUUGCACAAAAAAAAACCAGACCUCUCAUGCAUCAAUGAAUACUAUAAGGUAAGAGAGAAAUAUAUACAACGUGAAAAAGUAUUUGAUGACUCUACAGCCAAAAGAAAUGAAAUGCGACAACUGUAUGAUGAUGUACGUAAAAAGCGUUACAAUGAAUUUAUGCAUGGUUUUAGCAUUAUAACGAAAAACCUUAAGGAGAUAUAUCAAAUGUUAACGCAAGGCGGUAAUGCAGAACUGGAAUUCGUUGAUUGGAACGAUCCAUUUACUGAAGGUGUUUCGUUUAGCGUUCGACCCCCAAAAAAGUCUUGGAAAAACAUAUCAAAUUUAUCAGGUGGUGAAAAAACGCUGUCUGCAUUGGCUUUAGUUUUUGCUUUACAUUACUUCAAGCCAGCACCAAUUUAUUUCAUGGACGAAAUUGAUGCAGCGCUCGAUUUCAAAAAUGUAUCUAUUCUUGCGCAUUACAUUAAGUGUUUUCCAUCUGUUAUUGGCAAGUUGCAGAAAGUAGAAAAAGGUGCUUCUCUUAAUGGUCUCGAGGGUAAUAUGAACCGGGUUAUGAUUGCUGCUUGGCUGUCAAUAGAAAUGGUUAUACUACUUCUGUCCUCGAUGUGA